AUGAGGAGAAGACAGGGCCGAGGCUACGUCAAAACAUGGGGUUAUCUUAUCGCAGAGUUGCGCAAUCAUUGCCGUGAUAGCCUUUCCCCUCUCCGUAUCGCUCGGGUUGAUAAGUUUGGCGGUCGGGAAGCGGAUGGAACCGCUCAGCUUGGGGAAAGAAUUGCCAUAGCAGGAAGGUCGAGGCAGGCGAGAUGGAAGAGGCAGGAUGCAAUGUUAGUCAUUAGUCUCACAAGGAUUGCCAAUAGCGACACCCCUUUCGUUCACUUGUUGCAUAUUAUCGUCGGCCGGCAACCUUCGCAGUCAACAUUGACUGAAUCGGCCGACACACAACACAACACAGCCUUAGCCAUGAGGCUGUCUGCAACAAGUUCUGCAGACAAGCAAAUUAGCGGAGUGGCUGACGCUAAAGCAGAGCGAGUGCAACUAAGUAAGAACUAUAAGAAUGUCGAGGCAGACAAGGAAAGAGUGUGA